GAUCCUCUCCUAAUUAGUCAUUCCAGGCAGAGCAGUGCGUUCAGUUGCUUCUAAGCAUUCGCGCGUUGUUCACGUUUCGCGCCAUUUACGCCAUCAGCGUGCGACGAUAGGGCAAAAGUGCAUCCCUUGCAAACUGAAUGAACUGUGAGGACAUUUGUGGUACCGAACGAAAAUGAUCCUUGCUUUAACAGUGCUUCUGGGGACCAUUGGUCUCGCAGUUUAUCUGUACCGAAAGUUCGCCGAUGCUCUGUAUUACGCGUCCAAGCUCGACGGUCCCAAAGGCUAUCCGUUGAUUGGGAACGCGCUUCUAUUUGUCAACAAAAGUCCCCCGGAAUUUUUUUUCACUGUUCGUGACCUCGUCCAGCAGUCGGGAAAAUGUUUCCGUCUUUGGUUGGGACCGGAAUUGCUCAUCGUAGUGACCGACGCCAAGGUUGCCGAGGGCAUUCUAAGUAGCCCAAAGUACAUCGAAAAGUCCAGUGAGUAUGACUUUAUACGACCGUGGUUGGGCGAAGGACUUCUUACCGGUACCAACAAGAAGUGGUUCGCAUUCCGGAAAAUAAUAACUCCGUCGUUCCACUUCAAAAUCCUGGAGGAGUUUGUAGACAUUUUCGAUCAACAGAGCAGCAUCUUCAUCAACCAACUCAAACCCAAGGCAGUAAGCGGCGAGACCUUUGACGUCUUUCCUAUGGUUACUCUGUGCGCAUUGGAUGUGAUCUGUGAAUCUGCUAUGGGAACAAAGGUGAACGCACAGAUCCGAUCCGAUUCAGAAUACGUAAAGGCUGUGAAGGAGAUUACCUAUAUCAUCCACGUCCGCACAUACGACGUGAUGGCCCGUUACAACUUCAUGUUCAAUAUUUCCUCAUACCGACGGAGACAGGACAAAGCCCUGAAAGUUCUCCAUGGAUACACCAACAGCGUGAUUCAAUCCAGACGAGCUACGGUUGCACAGCAAAAGAUAAAUACGACCGACGAGCAAGAAAAUGAUGUGGGAGUUCGUAAGAAGGUAGCUUUUCUGGAUAUGCUACUCCAGGCGACCAUCGAUGGACGGCCGUUGACGGAUUUGGAGAUUCGAGAGGAGGUCGAUACGUUCAUGUUCGAAGGUCACGAUACGACUACUUCGGCUAUUAGUUUUCUACUGUAUCGUUUGGCCAAACAUCCUGAAGUUCAGCAGAAAGUAUACGACGAAAUUGUGUCAGUGAUUGGGAGUGAUCGUAAACGACCGGUGAGCUUGGCGCAGCUCAAUGAACUUCGCUAUUUGGAGUUAGUAAUCAAGGAAACUCUUCGUCUAUAUCCAUCUGUUCCAUUCUUCGGCAGAAAAAUGCUGGAACACAGCGAGAUCGAGGGCAUAACCUUCCCGGCUGGGGCUAACAUCAUCCUGAUGCCAUUCUUCAUGGGACGCGAUCCGGAGUAUUUUGAUGAUCCACUAGACUUUCGACCGGAGCGAUUCGCCGUUGAAUCAUCUGCGGAAAAAGCAAACCCGUACCGGUACAUUCCGUUCAGUGCAGGUCCUAGGAAUUGCAUUGGGCAGAAGUUUGCCAUGGCGGAGAUCAAGAGUCUUAUAAGCAAGGUGUUGAGAUAUUACACAGUGCUGCCACCCGAGAAGGAGCAUACCGGGGAAGAGUCUUUCAUUUGUGAAAUGAUCCUGCGACCCACCUUUGGCAUCCCGAUACGGUUGAGCGAGAGAAAGUGAUUUUUUUGUUCGUCAAUAUUUUUGUGCUGUGAUGUUGCGAUGCACAUUUAAUUCAGGUAAUAAACUAUGCACCAGGGAGGUGUUUUAUUAUUAGAGCAGGUGAUGAGCCUAUUUACGCCAUGUUUCUAUAAAACUCGUUUAUAAAAUAAAAAUAAAAAUCUGAGCUUUAUUAUUUGAACACCA